AAGAAGAUAAUCAGAUAAACACCGUUUCUUCAACAGAUCAAACCAUGAACCCUACCUCCAACGACCCACCACAAGGACUUAGCCAUGGUAAAGCCACGGGUUGGUCGACGGAUCUAUGCGAAUGUUGGAGGGACAUAAACUCAUGCUGCUUGACUUGUUGGUGUCCAUGUGUCGCCUUUGGACGCAUCGCAGAGGUCGUAGACAGAGGAUCAACAUCGUGUGGUGUGAGCGGAGCGAUGUACAUGAUCAUACUGAUGUUUACUGGAUUUGGAGGAAGCAGUCUCUACUCUUGCUUUUACAGAACCAAACUCAGAGCACAGUACAAUCUCAAGGAGAGACCUUGUUGCGAUUGUUGCGUCCACUUUUGCUGCGAGCCAUGCGCUCUUUGUCAAGAGUAUAGGCAACUUCAACACAACCGUGCGUUGGACUUGUCCAUUGGGUGGCAUGGGAACAUGGAACGAAAGGCACGAGUGGCUGCGUCUGCGUCUGCGUCUGGGGUUCCUCCAACGCUUCAACCGCCAAUGUCUAGAUAG